UCUUGAAAGAACAACCUCCCCCGCCAAUUUAAACCUUAUUUAUCGCCGUCGUUGGCGUCGCCGUUAAAUCUUUAACCAACAGAAAGCAGAAUGAGGAAGAAAGUUGACGAACGUAUUCGAACCCUAAUUGAAAACGGUGUCAAAACCAGACACCGCUCCAUUUUCGUUAUCAUUGGUGACAAGUCACGUGACCAGAUAGUGAACCUACACUACAUGCUUAGUCAAUCAAUUGUAAAGUCCAGACCUAAUGUUUUGUGGUGCUACAAGGACAAGCUUGAGCUUAGCAGUCACAAACAUAAGCGGGCCAAGCAGGUGAAGAAGUUUAUGCAAAGAGGCGUUUUAGACCCUGAGAAGGCUGAUCCUCUCUCGCUUUUCCUUGAAACUGCGGGAAUUACGUAUUGUCAGUAUAAGGAUUCCGAGAGGAUUCUCGGAAAUACAUUUGGAAUGUGCAUAUUACAGGAUUUCGAGGCUUUGACGCCGAAUCUUUUAGCAAGAACUAUAGAAACAGUUGAAGGUGGUGGCAUGAUUAUUCUGCUGCUUCAGUCCUUGUCUUCACUCACUAGUCUAUACACAAUGGUCAUGGAUGUUCAUGAGAGAUUCCGUACGGAAUCUCAUUCUUUAGCCACUGGACGAUUCAAUGAACGUUUCUUACUUUCUCUUGCAUCAUGUGGAUCAUGUAUAGUUAUGGAUGAUGAGUUGAAUAUAUUACCAAUCUCAUCUCAUAUGAAGGCAGUCACACCAGUUCCAGUGGAAGAGGACUUGGAGGGGCUUUCAAAAGCAGAGCGUGAUUUAAAAGAUCUAAAAGAACAGUUAAAAGAUGACUUUCCUGUUGGUCCACUGAUAAAAAAGUGUUGCACAUUGGACCAGGGAAAAGCUGUUAUGUCCUUUCUGGAUGCGAUAUUAGAUAAAGCACUGCGUAGCACAGUGGCCUUGCUUGCUGGUCGUGGGCGUGGGAAAUCAGCUGCACUUGGUCUUGCAAUUGCUGGAGCCGUUGCUGCAGGGUAUUCAAAUAUUUUUGUGACUGCUCCUAGCCCCGAAAAUCUAAAAACCUUGUUUGAGUUUGUAUCAAAGGGAUUUGAUAUGCUUGAGUACAAGGAACACUUGGAUUAUGAUAUUGUGAAAAGCUCAAGUCCGGAGUUAAAAAAAGUUACUAUCAGAAUAAAUAUUUACAAACAGCAUAGGCAAACAAUUCAGUAUAUACAACCUCAUGAACAUGGAAAACUGUCACAAGUUGAACUUUUGGUAGUUGAUGAAGCUGCAGCUAUACCACUACCUAUUGUGAAGUCUUUACUUGGGCCUUAUUUGGUUUUCCUUUCUUCUACUGUUAAUGGCUAUGAAGGUACAGGGAGAUCCUUAUCUUUAAAACUGCUGCAGCAAUUAGAAGAGCAGAGUCGAGCCUCUACCAAAGGCUCAGAUGUGGUUCCUUCUGGACGUCUUUUCAGAAAGAUAGAUUUGACUGAAGCUAUAAGAUAUGCGUCUGGUGAUCCUGUUGAAUCAUGGCUUAACAAUUUGCUUUGUUUGGACAUAGCAAAUUCAAUUCCUAGCAUCAACAGGUUACCUCCUCCCAGUGAGUGUGAUCUGUAUUAUGUUAACCGGGAUACACUCUUCUCAUAUCAUAAAGACAGCGAGUUAUUUCUGCAGAGAAUGAUGGCUUUAUACGUUGCUUCUCACUACAAAAAUUCUCCAAAUGAUCUUCAAUUACUGGCUGAUGCUCCAGCUCAUCACCUUUUUGUGUUACUUGGUCCGGUCAAUGAGUCGAAGAAUCAGCUACCGGAUAUUCUUUGUGUCAUCCAGGUCUGUCUUGAAGGAAAAAUAUCUAAGGCUUCUGCCAUGAGAAGUUUAAGUGCUGGCCAUCAGCCUCACGGAGACCAAAUUCCAUGGAAAUUUUGUGAACAGUUUCGAGAUAAAGACUUCCCAAGUCUGUCUGGUGCUAGAAUUGUGCGUAUUGCAACACAUCCAAAUGCAAUGAAGCUUGGAUAUGGUUCGGCUGCCAUUGAAUUGCUGUCAAGGUACUUUGAGGGCCAAUUCACUCUCAUCUCUGAAGAAGAUGUCAAGAAUGAUCCAAAAUCUACACAUCUCAAAAUUACUGAAGCGGCUGAGGAAGUUUCAUUGCGUGAAGAAAAUAUAAAGCCCCGGUCAGACCUUCCUCCUCUACUUGUACAUCUUCGUGAAAGACGGCCCGAGAAGCUUCAUUAUCUGGGUGUCUCGUUUGGGCUUACUUUGGACCUAUUUCGCUUCUGGAGAAAACAAAAUUUUGCUCCAUUUUACAUAUGUGAAAUUCCAAAUUCUGUUACCGGUGAGCAUACAUGUAUGAUGUUGAAACCAUUAGACAACGAUGAAAUUGAAGUUAACGGAUCAGAUAAAUUGGGAUUUUUCGGUCCUUUCUAUCGAGCUUUUAGGUCAGCCUUUGCUAGGCUUUUGUGUACACCAACAUUCAAUACAAUGGAAUAUAAGCUUGCAAUGAGUAUCUUGGAUCCAAAACUCAGCUUUGCAGAUGUUGAUCCUUCAUCAACUCUUUCACAUAGUAUGUAUGAUGAUAUCAUUAAGUCUCCAAUCAGUAUGAAUAGAUUAGAAGCUUAUGUCACCAACCUGGUUGAUUAUCACCUGAUUUCAGAUCUUAAACUGCCACUUGCAUACCUCUACUUCCAUGAGAAGCUUCCAGUUACAUUAUCAUAUGCCCAAGCCUCUGUGUUACUAUGCAUGGGCUUGCAGAACCAAGAUGUUUCUUAUGCUGAGGGAAUGAUGAAGUUGGAAAGACAACAAAUAUUAUCAUUCUACAUGAAAGUCAUGAAAAAGUUCCACAAGUAUUUGGAUUCAGUAACAUCUAAACAGUUUACAGAUACGUUGCCCCCUGUCAAAGAAGUUGAGUUGAAGCCACACUCGGUUUCAGUGGAUGAGGAUCUUGAUGAAGCUGCAAAGGAAGUCAAGGAUGACUUGAAAGCAAAAAGGGGCAGUGUAGUGAAUCCGGACUUCCUUCAGAGGUACGCCAUUGCUGACAAGGAUUUAGAUUUUGAGAGUGCUUUGCAAAAUGGCAGUGGGAAGAUACCUUCAGGUGUAGUUAGUGUCAAGUCUAGUAAAACCAAGGCAGAGAAGUACGGGAAGCCAAAAGAGAAGAGUAAAAAUAAAAUAAGCAAGGAUGGAAGUUCUUCCAAAUCAUCAAAGAGGAAAAGAUAAUCUUAACUGACUUGUAUUCAACUGUUUAAUGUAUGAUGCCGGGGCAUUCUCAAUUUUGACUUCAACCAUAACCGGUUCACAAGGGGUAUGGUUGAGAUUUAUGUUUUCUCAUUUUGCUGGAUAUGGUAAAAGACCAAGCUAUUUAGGUUUUUGUCACUUUUAGAUUGAAUGAUGUAUGUUUUUAUUUCUUUCUAUAUAUCAAUCUUUUAAGCAUGAAA